CCACAGGUCCAUCUGGUGAACAGCCACGGCGUGGGCUUCUGCGGUGCGUCCAUCAUCAAUGAGAAAUGGGUAGUGACAGCGGCACACUGCCUGAAGCCAGGUGACAACUUCUCUGCCGUGGCAGGUGAGCACCUCAGGUGGCGCUGGGCCAGCGCGGGCAAGGGACAUGGACAGGGCUCGCACCGGCCAGGUGUCGCGCAGACCCUGGAAGCCACACCACCACCAACCAACGCGGCACGAGUCGCUUUAGGGCACCGAGGCCCCGGUUGCGUUCUGCAGGGUGCAGCGCUUCGGCAACCCGGUCUCUGCAGGUACCGCCACCUCCAGCCGGAGCAGUGA